UUGUUGUUGUCCUUCUCAACCAACGUCCAACACUAGCAACAAGACUUUUGACCAAAUUCUACGUGAAUAUGAACUGCAACCCUUAAGACGCAGAGCAAUAAAUACUGUUCAAAUCAAUAUCGGACUUUAUUGUAAUAUGGCUUGUAGUCACUGUCACGUGGAGUCUUCUCCUUCUAGAAAGGAAACCAUGUCUUCCCAAGUGGCUGAAAGAAUAAUACAACUCAUCUCUCGUACUCCAACUGUAAAGUUGGUAGAUAUUACUGGUGGAGCUCCAGAGUUGCAUAAUAUGUUUCGUCCUUUGGUGUUGGCUUUGAGUGCAAUGGGAAAGAAAAUACAGGACCGUUGUAACUUGACCGUAUUAUUGGAACCUGGUCAAGAAGAUUUAAUAGAAUUCCUUGCCACCCAUCAAGUAGAUAUCGUAGCUUCUCUACCUUGUUAUGAAGAAGCUAAUGUUCGAAAACAAAGAGGAACGGGUACUUUCGAGAAAAGUAUUCAAGCUUUGCAAUUACUCAAUCGUUGGGGGUAUGGUCAACAAGAAAAUGGAAAAAGAAAGUUGUAUUUGGUAUAUAAUCCUGUAGAACCUCAACUUCCUGGUAAACAGUCAACGUUAGAACAGCAGUACAAACAGCAGUUGGCUGAAAAGUUUGGAAUUCAGUUUGACAAGUUGUAUUGUCUUACCAACAUGCCGAUCAAGCGAUAUCGCCAUGAUUUGAUACGCCAAGGCAAAUUGGAUAGUUAUACAAGUCUGCUUCAACAAUCAUUUCAAGCAGAACAUGUACAAAAUGUGAUGUGUUUAGAUCAGAUUCAUAUUGGUUAUGAUGGAGCAUUGUAUGAUUGUGACUUUCAUUAUGCUGUUGGAUUGAGAGAAAAAUAUCAACGAAAUAUAUGGCAAGUGGAUAAUUUCGAUUCCUUAUGCAACGAUCAUAUCCAAACAGCUGUACAUUGCUUUGGAUGUACUGCAGGAUUUGGUUCGAGUUGUCAAGGAAGUCUCGUAUCGGAAUAAAGUAGUAUUCAUCGUUUGUUUUAGA